GCCAGCCAGCCAGCCAGCCAGCCAGCCAGCCAGCCAGCCAGUCGAUCCUACCUAGUUUAUAAUAGUUUUAUCAGCUCCAGUUUUGUGUGAGCCUACCUUAAUUUGCUCUAGGUUUUUGCUACAUGCGCUGCAGUCAACCUGACACAUGCACUUCACUGGAGAACCCUCAGUCUGUAGAUUGAUCCACCACGAUGAAGAUGAUUCUGACUCUCACUCUUAUUGGGAUGCUCUUCAGCACAACCGAAGGUCUUCUGUGUUACGUGACAGAUGAUGAAGACAACACAAAAAUAGGUUAUUGCGGCUAUGGUGAUGUGUGCGCAACUGUUGCCAAUCGAGUUGUCAUUUCAGGUGAAGCUGUGAAGGAAAGUGUGACUAAAACCUGCAUGAGCCCAUUUUUCUGCAAAGAAAGGACAUUCAAAGUUGGCUCAUUCAUUUCUGCUUCAUCUACUCACUGCUGCAGUACUCCUCUCUGCAACAAUCACGAUGUACCUUACCCCGAUGUGACCACAGAAAAUGACAUGCAGUGCAUCAGCUGCAGCGGACCCCUGGAUACUGAAUGUCAGCCAAUACAGUGUGUGGGCACACAGGACCAUUGCUUUGAGUCAUAUACGAAGGACGCCAAUCAUCUAAGAGGCUGUGCAUCUGCAGGAUUUUGUCAACCUCUUUUUCAGUUACGCCUUGCCCGUUUAAAUAGCGCAUCAAAAUGUUGCACAACCAGCUUCUGUAAUUUAGGCUGGAACAACAAACGGAGGGAUGAUACAGAAGUUGUCACUGAUCCCCCAGACUGUGGAUCUGCAGGAGGCUGUGAUGAUCUUCAUCAGGCUGACCCUGUUGAUGAGCCCAGUGAAACAAGAUGUUCUGGAUCUGGCCUGUGUAAUUCAGUCCAGGACGACGAACCGAGCGAUGAUACAGAGGUUGUCACUGAGAGGUUGUCUCACUCUGCCUAUGUUGAUCAGUCCAGCAACACAAAUUCAGCCCGGAAGUUCAAACUGAGCGUCGUCCCAUUGCUGCUUGGUCUCGUUGUUGUGUAUUAGAACCACGGCUACAGUGAGGAACGGAGCUGAGAGGUGAAAUGAAAAGCAAAUUCAUUUACAGAACUUAGACUCAACCAGAUAUUACAAAUAUCGGAUGUAUAAUGUGUGUAAGCCGUGUGCAUGUGUCUUUUAAAUAUACUAAUUUUACAAAAAAAAAAGCGUCAAUAUAAAUGCUCUCAGACUGCAACACAAGAAGUCUACUGCUUAUCUAAAACAUGUACAACUUUUGGAAGUAAUUCUUCUCAAAUUAAAGCUAUAUUUUAGAGAAUGCUAGAAUCCAUCAGCUCAUGUGGAGAAGCUGCUCUACUUUUGAGAUAAAUUCAGAUGUCUUUAUUCUGACAUCGUCAAAGUUCUGUGUUGGUCUUUUACAUUUUUUUUUUAUGUCUGUCCUUGAUCAAUCCCUGAAAAUUACUUGUACUCUUAAUGCUACAUAGCUUGUGAAGUUCCAUCAACAUCUGGGUCACAUAUGCACAGUAGCUCUUGGCUUAAUAAAACCUUUAUCUGUGGA